ACCACCUGUGUUUGCAGCUAAACGGCUAUAACUAUUUUCCAGCUCUUGCAAUUAAUGAUAAUAAAGUUAGCUUCGGAGAGAGGAAAAGGAUUUGAAGUUGCGAUCAUCGCCAAAUCUUGUUCGGUAAUAAAUGGUUGUUGGCAGAAACAGAGAAGGGCGGAGUCUCCAACACCGACUCCUAAAAGCAAGAAACUUUCCUCGUUAAUUCCUUCCCCUCCCCUGUUUUCUUGUUUGUUUUCUCUAUCCUCCUCUACGCCCUUUCCCCCUCUUAUAUAACUAUCAAGAAUCAUAUCUUUGGUGGGAGGAAUUUUAGUGUUUGAUUUUGGUUGUGAAGAUGGCCGCCAUUGCUUCUGCGUCUUCGUCUGGUCUGAUCCUGGAGAAGAGUGGCAAAUCAUCAGCAAGAAAUGGGGUUUCGAUGUUUCAGUAUAAUGGCCUUAGAGCAGUAGAAACCAUGCAUGUGGGCUCAACUGGGAUUCGGACAACAGGGUUUAUCUCUACUUCUUCAAAGUGGGGGAGAAUAAAAGCAAUGGCUUCUCCAACAGUUUCCGCUCCCAAGAGAGAAACAGAUCCUAAGAAGAGGAUUGUCAUAACAGGAAUGGGUCUCGUUUCGGUUUUUGGAAGUGAUGUAGACACAUUCUACAAUAAACUACUAGAUGGAGUAAGCGGAAUCACUCCUAUAGACCGAUUUGAUGCUUCCGAGUAUUCAGUUAGGUUUUCAGGCCAGAUCCGUGAUUUCACUUCCAAGGGCUACAUUGAUGGGAAAAGUGAUCGCCGUUUAGAUGACGUCUGGAGAUAUUGUUUGGUUUCUGGCAAGAGGGCCCUUGAUGAUGCUAGCCUCAGCAAAGACGUGCUCGAAAAAAUGGACAAGACGAGAAUUGGGGUGUUGGUAGGAUCCGGCAUGGGAGGCAUUUCGGCUUUCAGCAACGGAGUGGAAGCCUUAGUACUAAAGGGAUACAAGAAAAUAACUCCAUUUUUCAUUCCUUAUUCAAUCACCAAUAUGGGGUCUGCAUUAUUGGCUAUAGACACCGGUUUAAUGGGGCCUAAUUACUCCAUUUCAACAGCUUGUGCGACAGCAAAUUACUGCUUCUUUGCUGCAGCAAAUCAUAUUAGACGGGGCGAUGCAGAUAUCAUGGUGGCUGGUGGAGCGGAAUCUGCUAUUACUCCUGCUGGAGUCGGAGGUUUUAUAGCUUGCAGAGCCUUGUCCAGCAGAAACGAUAACCCACAGGAGGCAUCAAGGCCAUGGGACAAAAACCGUGACGGUUUUGUCAUUGGUGAAGGUGCUGGCGUACUGAUCAUGGAGAGCUUGGAGCAUGCUGUGAAGAGAGGAGCCAACAUUAUCGCCGAGUACUUGGGAGGUGCCGUGACCUGUGAUGCUCAUCACAUGACUGAUCCUCGCAAAGAUGGGCUUGGUGUUUCAUCUUGCAUAAUCAAGAGUCUGCAAGACGCGGGCGUGGCCCCUGAAGAGGUUAACUAUGUGAACGCUCACGCCACAUCAACACUUGCAGGAGAUUUGGCUGAAGUUAAUGCCAUCAAGAAGGUCUUCAAAGACACGUCCGAGAUAAAGAUGAACGGCACAAAGUCUAUGAUUGGACACGGGCUAGGAGCUGCCGGUGGACUGGAAGCAAUAGCGACAAUCAAAGCAAUCACGACUGGCUGGUUACAUCCGACGAUCAACCAAUAUGAAUUGGAACCUGAGGUCACCAUCGACACAGUCCCAAAUGUAAAGAAACAGCAUGAAGUAAAUGUUGCCAUAUCCAACUCAUUUGGCUUCGGCGGGCAUAACUCCGUGGUCGUUUUUGCACCAUUCAAGCCCUGAACGAAGCUGAUACGAGUUUUGAUCCAUCGAAGCUUUUUCUCCAAAGGAAGUAGUGAUUUCUUGGUCGUGUGUAAUUUCAAGAGGAGUAUAAUGGAGAAUGAGAGGAAUACUACAGGACGUUUUGUAACCUUGGACUAGUUUGAUUUGAUUCACAAUGUACCUUAUAAGACCACAUUCAUU